AUGUCGAACAUAAUCAAAUUGAUCUCGUCCUCUGCUUCUCGAUCAAUUCCAAAUGUUCGAGCAUUAUCAAAUAAUAUUAACAGUUACAAUAAUAGAUCAAUCAGGUUUCAUCAUAAUUAUGCGUUGUUGCGAAAUAAGCUCACGUUAACGAAAACAACGAUAAAACCUAAUUUCUCGUUUGCUAAUAAUAAUAAUCGAUUUUAUCAUGACGAUGGUGCAUUUGGGUAUCGAGUACCGAGGGUAUUUAAGAUGCCAGAUUACACCAAAGAAGAAUUGGCAAGUAGAAUCGAAAACGCUGGAUUACUUCGAUUAAUCACCGCUUAUAGAACCCAUGGCCAUAGGGCCGCGGAUCUUGAUCCCUUAGGAAUUAUGGAAUUGGAAAAAGUGCUUGCAUUGGAUCACACAAGAUACAUUGAUAAUACGGAUCCAAACAAACUUUACAAUUUGAGUGGAAACUUAUUCCUCAGUUCAAAAGAAGAAGCACCGCUUGGUGUUAUUUUAGAUCACCUAAAAAAGGUUUAUUGCGGUAAGGUCGCCUAUGAAUUCAUGCACAUUCCGAAUGCAAGUGAAAGACGCUGGUUCUAUCGUAUGAUAGAGUCGUUUGACACCAUUUCAUUGACGUUGAGAGAAAAGCGAAGGAUCUUUGAGGUUUUAACUAGAUCAGAGGUUUUUGACCACUUCAUGGCUAAGAAAUUUCCACAGAUUAAACGCUAUGGCCUAGAAGGCGCUGAGUCAAUGAUGGUUGCUUUGGACAAGUUGUUUGAGGUUUCUAACCAAGCCGGAAUAACCGACGUGGUAUUGUGCAUGCCUCAUCGAGGUCGCUUAAAUUUGUUGACCGGUUUACUGAAUUUCUCGCCAACGAGAUUAUUUCAUAAAGUCAAAGGGAAUUCCGAAUUUCCUGAGGAAUUGCCAGCCACCGGAGAUGUUCUGUCCCACCUUGCGUCCUCAACUGCAUUGGAAUUUGACGCGAAAGAUCCGUUGAAUGUCACAAUGCUUCAUAAUCCUUCUCACCUUGAGGCGGUAAAUCCUGUAGCAAUGGGGAAGGCUCGGGCGAAACAAAUGGAUCUCAUAAAAUCUGCAACAGAUUGUGAGCUUGGAGAUCGCGUUAUGUGUACUCAGCUACACGGUGAUGCUGCAUUUACUGGUCAGGGGAUCGUAAUGGAAAGUUUCGGUCUGUCGAACCUUCCGCAUUUUACAUCCGGAGGAUCCGUGCACAUAGUAGUCAACAAUCAGUUAGGGUAUACCACCCCCGCACAAAAUGCACGAAGUAGUUGGUAUAGCUCUGAUAUUGGAAAAAUAAUCAAUGCACCGGUUAUUCAUGUCAAUGGUGAUUUUCCGGAGGAUGUAACUCGUGCCGUAGAAGUCGCGUACGAAUAUAGAAAUAAAUUCCGAAAGGAUGUUAUAGUUGACUUAAUAUCGUAUCGUCGUUGGGGUCACAAUGAGUUGGACGAACCAGCAUUCACGCAACCUUUGAUGUAUAAAAACAUCCGGUCGAGAAAAAGCGUACCGAAGUCAUAUGAAGAGAAAAUGAUCACCGAGAAAUUAUUGACCGAAGAUGAAAUUGUGGAAUUUCGUCAACAAUAUUUUAACAUACUCGACGGACAUUACAAGCAGUCGGAUAAUUACAAACCCGAGGCGGAUACCUUGCAAAAUAAAUGGAGUGGAUUUGUGAUGCCCAAGGAGGCUGUUUCGAAAAUAGACACAGGUGUCCAAGAAGAUGUCUUGGAAAGGAUAGGAACGACUUCUGUGAAGGUUCCCGAUGACAUGGUGAUACACUCACGACUUCAAAAAUUUCACGUGCAACCGCGACUUCAAAAAAUUAAAGAAGGGAAGAAACUUGACUGGGCCACUGCAGAAGCGUUGGCUCUUGGAUCUUUGCUUCUAGAAGGCUAUAACGUCCGCUUAUGUGGCCAGGAUGUAGGACGUGGCACGUUUAGUCAGCGUCACGCGAUGUUAGUGUGUCAAGAGUCAGAGCGGACAGUGAUUCCGUUGAAUGAAUUAUCAAAGGGUCAAGGGAUGCUUGAGGUUGUAAACAGCAACCUCAGUGAGCUGGCGGUGGUCGGAUUCGAAUAUGGAAUGUCAUGCGAAUCUCCUAAUAAUUUAAAUAUAUGGGAAGCGCAAUUCGGUGAUUUCUUUAACGGUGCACAGGUGAUAAUUGAUACUUAUGUUUCCAGCGGGGAAGUAAAGUGGUUAAGGCAAUCUGGAUUGGUGAUGUUGUUGCCACACGGAUAUGAUGGUGCAGGACCAGAGCAUUCUAGUUGUAGAAUUGAAAGGUUCUUGCAGCUCGCAAACGACCGAUUUAACGUACUGGAUGGGGAAAUCCCCAUCAAUCCUAAUAUGCACAUAGUAAAUCCUACUACACCAGCGCAGUAUUUUCACGUUUUGAGACGACAGAUGAAAAGAAAUUUCAGGAAGCCUUUAAUAAUCGCAUCUCCAAAGAUAUUGUUGAGGUCUCCUGCCGCAGUAUCAAAUUUCGGAGAGAUGACACCGGGCACAACGUUCUUACCCAUACUUGGUGAUUCUUCUGUCACAAAUCAUUCAAAAGUUGGAAAGAUCAUAUUUGUAUCAGGAAAGGUGUAUUAUGAUCUCGUGAAAGAAAGGGUAAAAAGAGGUGUAGAAGAGAAGUUUGCCAUUAUCAGAAUUGAGGAGCUGUGUCCAUUUCCAAAACAGGAUAUAGAAUCUGAGUUGAUAAAAUAUGAUAAUGUUGAAGAAUUUAUUUGGUGCCAAGAAGAGCCUCAAAAUAAUGGGGCCUAUACAUUUAUGGAGUCUAGAUUAAACCAGUUGCUACCUAACAAGCAGAAGUUAAGGUAUGUUGGAAGAUUACCGAGUGCUGCACCAGCGGUUGGAAUAUCCAAGCGGCAUCGCAUGGAAUCUGAAAAGAUCUUGAGCGAUGCAUUUUUAUAA